AUGAGUAGUGCUGGAAAUGUAUUUGGAAUUAACUUUCUGAAAGAGUUAAUAGAAAUGGGUCAUGCAAUUCUUGCCGAAAUAUUUCGCUUGGCUGACUGUAUUCCGGAUGAUUUCAAGAAUCCAAAUCGUAGUCGCUUCAAACCAUUCCUUAUUGAUUUUUCAUAUUUUGAUGAUCUUUCUAUUAUCGAUCGGUACAUUGAUUCAAAUGAGCAAGGAGCACAACUAGAAGACGAAUAUUUAUUCACAUUUGAAAAACAUAUUAAACGCUUUGGUGCUCUUUUCGAUGCUAUAGCACAUUUUUUUGCUGAUUUAAUUGAAUAUUCAGAAAAUAGUCGAUGCAGUUAUAUCGCUUUUUCGCUGCGUCGAACAGCAGCUUUCCUCAUGUUAUGUCAGUAUGAGGCAGAGGCACUCUUUAUUACAGGCGUCAUUCUGUUGGCGUUAGAUGAAAAAUAUACGAAUGGAGUGAAGCAAAGAUUGUUUGUUGCACACUACAGAAGCAAGUACGUAACUGAGAUUUUUAGUGAAAAUUACAGUAAACGUAAAUGCUGA